UCUCCACACGAACUUUUCGCUAUAAAAGCCAACCCCACAGUCCCCAGUCCAACACACAUCUUCCAUUCAUUCAUUCAUUGAUUCCUUCUUUUGGGACAUUUGGAAUUCGGACAGCUUGGCAAUUGUCUCGGUUCCAUUCAAUCAACUUUUCUAAUCUCUAACUUCCGUGCUUCUUUGUGCGUGUCUCUACUAGUCCCUGCGAUUCUCAUUGCAACAGUCUGCUACUAGACCCAGCGCCUAAUUUGAUUCCCUUUUAUUUAUCGGAAUUGCUUUUGAUCUUGUGCUUAAUACCUUAUCUUUAAGUGUUUUAUACAUUCUACUCACUUUAUAACUCUUUUCACGCAACUGCGUUUGAGCAUUCAAAAUGGCAAAGACAUUGACCAUCAUUAUGCUCGUUUUCAUCUCCAUGACUGGAUGGAUGUUUGGUGCUGAUACCGGUUCCAUCGGUGGUAUCACCAACAUGCGCGACUUCCAGAAACGAUAUGCAGAUAAGUACGAUGCAGUAACCGACAGUUACUCGUAUUCUCCCGCUCGUCAAGGUUUGUUGACUGGUAUGGUCAACGUUGGUUCUUUCACUGGUUGUAUUAUCUCGUCUCCUUUGGCUGAUCGCUUUGGUAAGAAGAAGUGUAUUAUGGGUUGGACUAUCGUCUAUCUUAUUGGUAUCAUCGUUCAAUUGACCACUAUUCCUCAUUGGGUUCAAUUCAUGAUUGCUAAGAUCUGGACUGGUUUCGCCAUUGGUGCCUUGUCUGUCAUUGCUCCUGGUUUCCAAUCCGAGGUUUCCCCUGCUCUCAUCCGUGGUACCAUUGUCGCCACUUACCAAUUGUUCGUCACCAUGGGUAUUCUCAUUGCUGCUUGUAUCAACAUGGGUACCCAUCACUACGGCAGCUCUGCUUCCUGGCGUGUACCCAUUGGUAUCAACUUGAUCUGGGGUAUCAUCACCUUCAUUGGUAUCUCUUACCUUCCUGAGUCCCCUCGUUACCUUAUUUCUGUUGGCAGAGACGAUGAAGCCCUUAAGAUUAUGUGUGAGAACAACGACCUUCCCCCCGAGCACGAAGUCAUCCAAUCUGAAUACCAUAUCAUCAAGUCCGAUGUUGACGCUGAGUUGGCUGGCGGUCCCUGCACUUGGCCCGAAAUUUUUGGCAAGGAUAUCCGCUACCGUACCUUCUUGGGUUUGGGUGUCAUGGUUUUCCAACAAUUGACUGGUGAUAACUACUACUUCUACUACGGUACUGAGGUCUUCAAGGGUACCGGUAUCAACUCCCCCUACCUUGCUGCCUUGAUUUUGGAUGCUGUUAACUGUGCUUGUACUUUUGGUGGUCUGGUCGUCCUUGAGAAGUUCGGUCGUCGUUGGCCUUUGAUUAUCGGUGGUGUCUGGCAAUCCAUUACUUUCUUUAUCUACGCAGCUGUUGGUGACCGUGCUCUUUACCGCAAGGAUGGUACUUCCAACCACAAAGCCGGUACAGUCUGUAUCAUCUUCUCUUGUCUCUUCAUUUUCUCUUUCGCUCAAACUUGGGCUCCUGCCGCUUACGUUAUCGUUGGUGAGUCCUAUCCCGUUCGUUACCGUUCUAAGUGUGCUGCCGUUGCUACCUCUGGUAACUGGUUGUUCGGUUUCCUUAUUUCCUUCUUCACUCCCUUCAUCACCAACGCUAUGGGCUUCAAGUACGGUUACGUCUUCGGUUCCUGUAACUUGGUUGGUGCUUUGAUUAUUUUCUUGUUUGCUCACGAGACCAAGGGUCUUACUCUUGAGGAGAUUAACACCCUUUAUCUCUCUGACGCUAAGCCCUGGAUGCCCCGUCCCAAGAACAUUGGUACAUUCGCUGAGGAGAACGCUCAAAUCGAGCGCAAGUCCAGAAACAUGGGUGUUUCCGGUGAGACUGCUGAGCACGUCGAGACUACCGACUCUAACAGCAUGGACGGCGACAUUGCCCGUGAGAAGCCUGGAAGCAGCUUCAUUGAGGCUGGUCGCGUCUAAACUACUUGAAGAAGCCAAGACAGCAGCAACAACAUCUAAAGCGUUGUUGAUUGUUCGCUAACGAAAUCUUGUCUUCUCCUGAAUGGGUUGCAGGCAAUCAAGGAGUGUGUUAGCGAUUUGCUGUUUGUGCGUUAAUCGUGUGGGCCACCUGUUUUUGCUCGCAACAAUAGCGACAACACCGGUCCGAGCUGGUCCAGGUGGUGGUCUGCACGCAGAGCCCAUGGAAGGCUGAAGCGUCACAGAGGAUCCCCUAUCGUGUCUGGACACUUGGUAGUCCUCUCUGACAUUUGUAUGUAAAAGACAAAUAUUAUUCGUAUUUUUAUGGUUGAA